AGCAGCAGUUACUGUUCAUGGAGGAGCCUCACCAGAGACACCAGCAAUGUUCCUCCCAGAGAGAAGGGUGAUCCUGGAGCUGAUGUUGCUGCUCAGUGUGAGCUCACAGGUACAGGGAAAAGAGAGCGAAUGUGCCCUGGAAGUUGUUGUGCCUCGAAACUCAGUCUUGAAUAUCUCUGCCCUGAGAAGACUUACAUUAAACUGUGGGCUUAAGUACUGUGAGGAGAAGCCUGUGGUGAGAUGGUGUAAACUUCAUGAGAAAGCCUGUAUCCCCGUAAAGGAGGCUGGCAUGAUCACAACUGAGUGGAAAGAGAAGGAUCCCAAUUCAGCCACCUAUUCUCUAACUUUCUCUAAUAUAACCUUGGGUGACAGUGGUCAGUAUCGAUGUGAAGCUGCAGCAAAUGUGAGCUCUGUGUACCAAAGCACUGUGAGCCACUCCAUACUAGUCUCUGUGUCAGGAAAAGAGAACGAAUGUACCCUGGAAGUUCUUGUGCCUCGAAACUCCAUCUGGAAUAUCUCUGCUCUGAGACGACUUACAAUAACCUGUGGGAUUAAAUACUGUGAGGAGAAGCCUGUGGUGAGAUGGUGUAAAUUUCAUGAGAAAGCCUGUAUCCCCGUAAAGGAGGCUGGCAUGAUCACAACUGAGUGGAAAGAGAAGGAUCCCAAUUCAGCCACCUAUUCUCUAACUUUCUCUAAUAUAACCUUGGGUGACAGUGGUCAUUAUCGAUGUGAAGCUGCAGCAAAUGUGAGCUCUGUGUACCAAAGCACUGUGAGCCACUCCAUACUAGUCUCUGUGUCAGGUGAGUAAGUCUUUACUUUCUUGGGUUUCAUAUAAAAUGGUACUAAUCAAGAUUAAAAACACUUCAGAGCUUUUACUCAACGCACAUUUAACAUCUACAGUUGUACAUUUUACCAAAACACAGUUGUUUAUUGAGUAAAACUUAUCCUCUACACAGAGGUACAAUGCAGAGGUACACAGACCCCACAAUUUCGCCAAAUUCAAAUCACUGAGCAUCAAUAGGAAUCUUACUA